AUGGACAAAGACUUGAAAGAUUUACUUGGCAGCAUUAGUAGCGAGGACAUCAACGAGAUCGAAGAGGACCAAAAGUUAGUUGAGAACGGCACCUCCGUUCCACCAGAGAAAAAAAGUGACCCCGAGAAAGUUGGAAAUGUCGAACCUUCACAAAAAAUCGAGAAAGUCGAAAAACCGCAAAAGACGAAAUUAAAGGGACUCCAGAGCGAAAGGGGUAUCGUGUAUUUGAGUUCGAUACCGCGCGGAAUUACGAUGGUGAUGUUAAAAUCCAUGAUGUCUACGUAUAAGCCCGUCACACGCAUGUAUGUUGUUGAAGGGAAUACAAGGUUUGUUUGUAAGGAAGGGUGGUUUGAAUACGCCACACACAAAGAUGCAAAAUUAGUGGAAUAUAUGAUGAACGGACAACAAGUUGGAGGAAAUCGACAUAAACCAUAUUCUACACAAUUGUGGAACAUCAAGUACAUCCCGGACUUGGUAUGGACUAAGAUAUUCGAAGACACUGAAGCUAAAGACGAAAUGCGUGAACACCAAAUUGAUAGUUCUCUUAGAAAGGUGAAGAGGGAGAACGAGGCGUAUAUGAAAGGGCUGAGUCAUGUAUACAAAGUGAAGAAAAUGAACAAGAAGAAAUUGAAAGAACAACAAAAGAAAGAGGCGACAAUGCCUAGAAAAGAUAAUUAG